GCAUGUAUACCGGCAGUACAUCAAUCUCCUCCUACCAUUUCAACACGAGGUGGCUCUUUUGCACUGUUGCUUGCAACCCCAUUCCUUCGGUAGUGCUUUUGCGAAGGCUAAGGGCCCAUCCUUGAUGGGUAUUCUCAAUUAUUGAGCUUGCUGAACAGUGUUCUUGUAUUCAGCCGUCGCGAACUUUUGCUAGGGACUAUCGGGGCAGGGAUAGCGACAUGAAGUGCUCGCCAUAGGCAUAACCAACACUGGUCGGGAUCACCCCGCGCAUACAUGGAUGUAUCGUAAAUCUCUAUCGGGAGGUUGACAAUGAUGGCAUCUCGGGGACUUCUGGCUUGCAUUUGGGCUUCGUUGCUGGUUUGGACGAAAUGCUGCCAUGCAACAACGGCGCGGGAGAACCUUGUCAUGUACAUCUUCGCACCAACAGACCCAGAGUUCAUCCAUAACCUUGAGUUCUUCGUGCGGGAAGCCGUACUGGGCGAUACCCGCAGCGACUACGUAAUCGUGGUGCAGGAAUCGACAGACAUGCACAAUGUUGAGUUGCCCAGGCUGCCAAGCCAUGCACGCUAUGUAUGGCACACCAAUCGCUGCUAUGAUUGGGGCUCCUACGGUUGGCUUUUGUUCACCGGCCGCGUCGACCCUACACGUUAUCGCUUCUUUUUCUUCGUCAACUGCAGUGUCAGGGGCCCAUUUCUGCCUCCUUACGCGAGGGGCCGCGUGCAUUGGACGGAACCCUUUACGUCUCGCCUUGUUGGGGACGUAAAGCUUGUGGGCUCCACAAUUAGCUGUGAAGGAAGUCCUCUUAAUGGGGACUUCCGUGGUAAAUGGCGCCAUAACCCGCAUGUGCAGUCCUACGUUGUGGCGACUGACCAGGUUGGAUUGCAGGUCCUCCUGGACGAUGGCCGCGUCUUCCAUUGUCAUAACACCCGAUGGAACACCAUCUACUACAGCGAGCUGGGCAGCUCCACAGCCAUCCUCCGCGCGGGCUUCAACCUGGACUGCCUCAUGACGAAGUACCAGGGGCUGGACUGGCGCGACAAAGCGAACUGGGAUUGUAAUGCAAGGUAUAGCCCUCAGUCCGAGCUCACAUACGACGGCAUCUCGUUGGACCCGCUCGAGGUGAUGUUCGUGAAGGUCAAGCAGCUGCUGCUGCAGCGCAAUGUGACGUACGCACUCAAGGCCGCUCGCUACGACACCUGGCAGGAGCAUGGCCCGUCGGACCCGUCAGCCCUGCUGGCAAACGCGUAUGCCGAGGACGAGUUUUCCUUCAAGGCGCCGCGUAUAUUGACAGCGAAGGCGCGGGGCCCUGGGUGUUUUGACACAGCUUUCUACCGUGCCCACAAUCCUGAUCAGGCGGGGAUCAAGACCGAUGCUGAACUUUGGAAGCACUACACCUUCUUCGGUCAAUUCGAACGUAGACCUCACAGGUUUACUUGUGCACUGAACUAUACAAAGUACUUCAAGUCCUGAGCUCGAGCUAAGCUGUACAACUUUCGUCCACACUUGGCGUGGAACUCGUCAUCCACGGAUGGCGUGGAAGACCCCCGAAAUCGUCCGGCUGGCUCGUUUCCUUCACUAAGAAGCUAUAGAAUUGUAUAUCUUUUGAAACUAAAGGCAUUUGCGGUGUCGAGCACCCUUACCGGUGUAAUCGUUACUCAUAACUUUAUCGAUGCUUCAUGCUUAAACAGGGCUAUGGCAACGCUGGCUGUAUACAAAGUUUCUAUGUGAAAAGCAAUCUUCAACAUUUUCAGCCAAGUGCGGUGUUGUGCCCUGCAAGCAUGAUUCAUGACACGCCCCACGAGAGAAGCCGGCGGGCAAGGCCUGCAUCGGCAAGUCGAUCUUUGGACAGUUAUAUGAUUUAUGAAAAUCCGGAGGAGAUCGAUGCAAAGUUGCGGCAAAGAAAUGACAAG